AUGCCCGGCAAGGCCACCACCGCAAGCUACGCAGAGAUGCUCGACCUCGCCGUCAACUCGGGCAAAGGCGAGAAGGUGUCGAGGCAGAAGAUCUACACCUACAUCCGCAUCAACUACAAGAUCGACACGGACGGCGCGACGUUCAAGCGCCACAUCAAGGCCGCGUUCACCAAGCGCCUCGACGCCGGCAUCAUCCUCCAGCAAAAGAACUCGUUCUACCUCUCGGCCAAGGGCAAGAAGCACAUCGCCGACCAGUACGACCUGUCGGACAACGACAACGAGGCGUCCGAGACCGAGGAGAACACGCCGAGUAAGCCGAGCAAGAGCGUCAAGUCCAAGUGA